AUGACAAAAAUAAUAGCUUCAAACGCAGCACAUCGUCAAAUCGUUGAAACAAUUGCAAAUGAAUUGAGCACACAAUUGAAUCAGUUCACACGGAACAUCAAAUUGAAUUCAAACGUUAAGCGAAAAGUCGAAGAUUUGGUGGAAAAAUUCGAACGGAGUCAUGUCGAAGCCUUGCAGCGUUUACGAAAUGGAUUUGGAAUUUGUGUUGAUACUAAUACAACUGCUGCUUCUACUGUUGCCGAUCGGAACGAUGUGUCUACACCAACAUCAUCCGGUGAUACAGUCGCAUCAGGUACACGUCCAAAACAAUCACAAUCGAAUGAUAGCAAUGCACGACAAAAAACAAUACCGGCCAAACGAAAGAAGCGAGCAAAAACGAUUACAAAUGCACCGGCACCAAAGAAGCGAACAACUCGUGCCACCAGUAUGCCGAAUACAUCGAAUAAUGAUUAUGUCAGCGAUGAUUUCGAUUUCAAUGAUGGCGAUGACGAUGGCGACAAUGGUGAUGAGGAUUCAGAAAGAUACCAAUCGAUCAAAAUGGGCAAACGUAAGUCAUUCAAUGAAAAUCUACAGAAUAAGGAUGAAUUGGCUAGUAUUAUCAAUAAAAUUGUCACGGACAUGAGUCACAAUUGGCGACUUGGCGCACUCAACGUACACUGUAGCCUCAUGCGAAUCAUACAAUCGAACAGUGAAGCAGCCAUUCGUACCGAAUUUUGGAACAGUACGUGUGAAUACAAUCGUAAUUAUUUUGAUGGUUAUUUUCGUGGUGUGUAUGGUAAUUGUAUCAAUGGCAAGACAAAAUUGCGAAAAACAUGGAAAUUGGAUCAGGCUAUAAUCAAGUUCUGUCAGAAGCACAAAGUCAUUGAGAAAAAUGCAAUUGGUUAUGGUAACAUUUUCACCUAUGCAACUCGGCAAUAUUUCACCAAUUUCAUGAUGUGUAUCAUACGUAGUCUGUAUAAUAAUGUUCGGGCAUAUUUGAAUCAUUGUGUGAUUUCCGAAGAAUUGGCAAACCAUGCGAAAUCAAAUGAGCCGGUUGCGAGCACAUCACGCACCAAAAAACCACCACUGCCGCCACAAAAAUGUCGAACAUUGAAACAGAUACGCAAAGCGAAUUACCAAUUGAUCACCAAUACAAUGCGCUAUUUGUUCAGCGACGAGGCAGAGAAUCCGGAUUUCUAUAAGAAAAAGCCACAAUCGAAACGACCGCCACGCAAAAAGGCCAACGAUGAUGAAGCGGCCAAACGGAAGAAGCGACAAAAUGAAAAGAAAGUGAAAAAGCCAAAACGAAAACGUGAUCCAAUUCUAUUGACACCAGCUAUCGAACGUCUUCUGAAGCGUAUUCAAACCGAUUUUAAUCCGAUGGAUUUCGAAGCGAAUCGACGCGGUUAUUUCUCCAAAUUGACAACAAAUUGGUAUCGUCAUGUGCCAUUUUUCGUAAGACUUCAGCAAUAUUGUCGUGCAAGAAAUCGUGAACGCUGUCUCAUGAUCAAUAAACAAAUGGAUGAAGAUGAAAAGAACCAACCGGCUGAAGUUGCCGCAGCAAAGGUCAAACUUCAAGCUGAAGCAGCAGCCAAAAUUCACAACAAAUCAAAAGCGAAAUCGAAAUCAAUCUGUCGUCCGAUUGCCGAAUAUGUGCCACGAAAACGAUUGCCAGGUGUCAAAUAUACAUGGGUUCGAUGUGCGCCAAAUUUGACCGUGUAUCAAGUCAUUCCGGAGGCACGUUUUGGUCGUAUCUACAUCCAAAUCGACAGGCGUGGCCUCUUCGAAAUCCUUAAGCGGUUGAAAAAUCCAAAGGAACAGGAAAUGAAAAAGAACAAUGGCAGUAAUAAACCCUGGCAACAACCGUUCAAUGGCAACAAAGAACUUUGGGAUCGCAUGUGGCGUAAAUAUUUCGGCAUUAGUAAAAUCGAACGCCAUUCGGCCGGUUUAACAUUCGCCAAUCGAAUACAAACCGAUGGCAAUGCAUUCGUUUUUCUGAUGAACAAAGAGAAGAAGACGAAGAAGAAAAACGAUGCAACUGAUGCUGAAACCAAAGAACGGCUACAAAAUAUAUUACGCCACUGCGAUCGCGAAGUAAGCUUUGAUGUUGGCGACCGUGAGAUCAUCGCCGGCCAAAUUAUCGAUCGAGAGAAAGAUGAUACGGGCGCUGUGAAAGUGAAAAGCGUACGCAAUUUUAAAAUAUCCAGCAAGCAAUAUCAUUGGAUGACGAAAUUGCCACAGUUCAAGAAACAACGAGAUCGACUGGUUGGUACGCUUGAAGACGACAGGGCCGACGAUCGUGAGCGCAUCGAACGAGAGUGUGAGAACCAUGUACAGCCGAGCAGCAGGACGAUCGAUUUUAAAACGUACGCCGACCAUACGUUAAGAUUUUUCAAUCGGGCCAUGGAUGUGUACGGCAGCGAAGCGUAUGUACUGACUAAUUUUUUGCAUUGGAUUGAAAUCCAUCGAACCAUUGAUGAAUUGGUGCGAAUGAUUGUCGCACAAGGGCAUGGUAAACAUACAUUUGUGUUUGUCGGCAAGGCGCCGUUCACCCAUGCAAAUUCACCAUGCAAAGGUUAUGUACGUACCAGUGUUCGUUUACUAUUCAAAGCACUCGAACAACAUCCACAAUGUACCGUGCGCUACGUGGAUGAAUAUCGAACAACGAAAUUAUGUAGCCGUUGCUUUAAUGUACUGGAAAAUGGUUCGAGGAAUGGCCGAAAGACAACGAAAUCUCGGUUCAAAGUGUGUCGCCAGUGUAAACCAUCGCCAGAAGCACUGCCCGAUGGUGGUUCAUUCAUUUACAGCCACAAGAAUUCGAAAAAAUUGAAGAAGCAGAAAAAAUAUCGACCACGGUAUUCGAACGAAGAUGGCCGCCAACCAAAAGUCGAAUUGAAACGAUUCAAUAUGGUCGAUGGACUGCUUGUGCCGGGUGCUGAAAAUGCUGAGAUAGUGAAGAGGCCACGAACACAUUUGCGACGUCGGCGCCUAGAUGUCAUCGCAUGGAAAUACAUACGAAAUGAUGAUGAUAUUGGUGAUACGACAAAAGUCCGUUCGGUUACAUUGAAUCGAGACACUAAUGCCGGUCGAAAUAUUCGACUUCGCGGUUAUCAUGAACUAUUGGGAAUAAAAUUGCCAGAUGCAUUCACAGUCGAUGCCAAGAUACAAGAUCAACAUGCAGAGCGACGCUUCAAACAGUUUGAUGAAAAUAAGCGUAAAAAGCAACAAAAGUAUCAAACAUCAAAAAAUUCCAUUGAAGCUGAAUACGAUUCGGAUCAGUCAUGGUGGUCGUCAAGCAGCGAAGAAGAUGCAAUCGAUUUGAGCAACAGUGAAUUGUCUGACAACAGUGAUGAUAGUAAUGAUAGCGGUAGUGGUAGCUCUAGCGACGAUGGCGAAAACUGAUAAUAGCAUCGUUCACAUCGCUCAUUCAACAAAUCAACAAUCAAUCAAUCAAACAA